GAGGUACUUUGAGCUGACCGAGGGGUCGUAUGAUUACAACUCGUCCACCUGCCGUGAACUCCGCAAUGACAUCACCGAGGUCAAAGUGCUCUCCAUGGUGAAGCAGUCGGAGCUGUUUGAACGAUGGCGAACACUGCAGCUGUGCAAGUGGGAACUCAACAAAACCGAAGCCAAUCCCCAGGAAAUGCCCUAUUCCCGCUCCCAGUUCAAGAAAUGUGCCGUGGUCGGGAACGGAGGGAUCCUGAAGAAAAGCGAGUGUGGGAAGGAGAUCAACUCGGCCGAUUUUGUCUUCUUCCAGAAGCUUGACAAGUGGCGGCGGCCGUUCGUGGAGCUGCUGCAGGUGUACGAGAACACCUCGGUGGUGAUGCCGGCUUUCUACAACACCCGCAACACCGACGUGUCGCUGAGGGUCCGGUACGCUCUGGACGACUUCUCCGCCCCUCAGGACCUCUUCUACUUCCACCCCCGGUACCUGGAGAACGUGGCCCGUUUCUGGGGCCGGCAGGGGGUGAGGGCCAAGCGCCCCAGCAGCGGGCUGAUGCUGGUCACGGCCGCCAUGGAGCUGUGCCAGGAGGUCCACCUGUACGGGUUCUGGGGCUUCCCCAUGGACCCCUCGGGCAUCCACAUCACCCACCAUUACUAUGACAACGUCAAACCCAGGCCCGGCUUCCACUCCAUGCCUAACGAGAUCUUCACCUUCCUCCACAUGCACAGCCGGGGGGUCCUGCAGGUCCACACCACCCCCUGUAGGUGA